CUCUGAGAGUGUACUCAUUGAAUGUGCAAAUGGAAAUGUGACUCAUAAAAUGAACACAACAGUUACUGAUUCAGGUUAUUAUGCAAAAGCACCAACAAAUUUAACAACAACCUUCAAUGCAAGUGGAGUUACUUUAGAAUGGGAGGACAAUGGGAAUAACUGUACUUCUACUGAGUAUCAAGUGACUGUUAUUAGUUGUUCAUGUGCAUCAACCAGUGUAUUGACAUAUAGUACUAAUGAAACAGCCAUACUUAUAAACUCAAGCGACUUAUUAGAAAAUGUAGCCUAUACAUACACUGUUAGAGGGUGGAACGAGCAGCAAAGUAACAACAGUGAACCAUUCACACUUGGUAAUGAUACAAUUACUUCUCAGUGUGAAUCACCACAAAAUGAUAAUGAUCUAGGCACUCCUAGCUUCAAUGUUACUAUUAUUGCAAAUGGUACUACUGAUGAUUGCAGUGAUGGUAGUUGUUGUACUAAUAUUACAAUUUUUAUACAACUGGUAUUGAACACAUCAGACCCACAGUAUGCAAAUUUAACCUAUAACAUAUCAUAUAAUGCUAUCACUGUUAAUGAAGAAUCAAUGGUAACAAGUGACGGAGAAUGGAACAAGAAUAUACAGUUACUUCGUAAUAGAACACACUACUUUGAUUCCAGACAAGCUAAAAAUCAAUGCAGCUCUAGCCCAAUGGAAAAUUCUGGAACAUUAAGUGCAGGAGAUAUUGCAGCAAUUAUAUUAGCUGUAAUACUAGCACCAAUUUUGAUAACAAAUAUGGGAUGCUUCAUUUGCUGGCUUUAUAAAAUAGGUUGUCUUACUAAGCUAAUUCAAAAAAUAAAAGAGGUAUUAAAUUUACACCAAAAGGAUGAAGGCCGCCAAGAACAAGAAAUGAAACUAACCAGUGAUUCAUGAUUAAUAUCCUAUUAGAUUAUUUUUCUUACAUAAACUUAAUAGUAAUAUUAUAGACUAGAUCUAUCAUAAAUCAUUUAAAGCCUUAUAAUUGAGUGAAUGUAAUUAAAUUGUUAUUAGAUCUAACCAUAAAUU